AUGCCGCCUUCCCGCUCAACCAGUGAUCCAGUCAGAUUCAAUUGUUCCUCCACCGGUACAUCAGCUUCACGUUCUUGUCGUGUUCGCACUAGCCAGCAAGCCGAGGUCAUCGUCCUCUCUUCCGACGAAGACAACGAUGACGAGGUUAUCGUCAUUUCUUCCGACAACGACACCGAUGCCAAAAGCAAGAACGCUGCUGCACCCACCCCCGUGGGGCACCGAGCACUCACUGUCACGAGAAUUCUCGCUGACGAUUUUGGCGAGCCCAAAAUGUGGACAUUCAGCCUUCCUGAACCAAACUUCAUGGAUAUGGACAAGUUCGUGAAAGAUGCGUGGAAAGAUCCUUGGUUGCAGAAUAUGACAAAGGCAGAAUGGGUGACUGCUGAAGCUCGUCUACGAGCUAUGAGUUCGAAGGUGCAUAGGGCUCAUCCCAACAAGAAUGAUUGCACCAUUCAUUACACGCAUGCUGAGUGGUAUCCUGGCGGGCCCAUCUGGUUCACCAUUCAUUGGUGGAAUGGCAGAAACCUCGGCAACUACUUCGAUUUAGUCGAUGUCGCAACACAAAAGCUCUUCCUUCCGCAUCACGAUCUCUCCAAUCUCUUCGUCCAGGUCAAGUUCCUGGGUGGCAUGAUGCCCGUAUGUACCAUGGAAGAGGCCAUGUGUCGUUCCCGAGGCAUGAAGAAGAUCCCUGGUGCAAAUGACGAUGAACGAUACAACGCUCCUGAGGGUGCGAGGGUGCUGUUCUCGAGGAUUUUGCUGAAUGGAAAGAAGGUGGUUGUUGCGGAUGUGUAUUCUCCUUUACAAGACCGACCUCCUCUGACAUUUUCACCCUUCGGUCCUUGA